AUGGCAGCCUCUUCAGCCCCUGCAAAGAGUCUGAACACCAUAGAAGGCGACCGGGAACUCACCGUCAGGAUUUGCGACAUCACUGCUGCUGGAGCAAUGCUUCAGCGGGUGUUGGAGCUGGGCGAGCGGGCUGCAAAGAUUGGACAUGUGUGUGUUGAUACUGCAUCCUACUUCCGCGCCCGAGAAAAAGGUAGGGGUUUGGAGUGCAGUGCAGAGCGAGGCAUUGGAUCUUGGAACGAGAGCACGGCCGACACGAAAAUGGAUCCAACUUCUAUCGCGGCCUUACUCUGCGCUCCGAUCACUGCAAUACUGACCACGAUUACAUCCCGCGCCGGAUCUCUGACAUCACUCACCUGGCCCGCCUCUUCCCACACAGAUCGAAGGUUCACACGCCCGCUUUCCUUCUGGGAAGCUUUGUACACUCACGCACCCAGUCUCGAGAAGCUGCACCUGGACUUUUUCCGUCACGAAGUGCAAGUUUUCUCUCGCCCGCCUGCAGGUGUCAAGUUUGGGAAGCUGAAAGAGUUGAGACUCGAUGCGAGCUCCGCACACGGAGACGGUGGGUCCACAGUUGAUGAACUGCUGGGGAGCUGCGAGAACAUAGAGGUGCUGGGUUUCAAGUGGCCUCCGUGCGACUUGCCCUCAUGUCAGAUCAAGGGUGUGAGUUGGGGAUGGACCUUUCCCAAGCUCAGGCAGUUGAGUAUAUUGGGUUGGAAUAUCGCACCAGCGGCCUACACCGAGUUCCUUGGGCGGCACCCAAACAUUCGAUAUUUAGAUGAACGUAUUGAUGGUCCGUACGAUGAAGAUGGGAAAGGAUAUACUACCGUGCAGCUACCCACUACGGCUCUGCCGAAUCUCAGCACCUUGAAGAAGGCGUACACAUACACAUGGUCAUGA